AUGUCUUCAUUCUUCUGGUCCAGACUGAGACGUCAUCGCGGCGAGAGCUCCAUCGUCGAAUCUUCUCCGCAUCCGGCAAUGUGGAGCUCAGCAGCAUCGUCACCAGUGUUUUCUGCACACGACAGCAAAUCCGGAUGCAAUCAUCACGCAGAUACUAAUAAGAGGACCCAAUCUGCUGCGCAUCAUGAGGGUCUUGGUCGACGUGGCAUGCCCUUUAAAAAAACCGAAUUCCUGACACCUCGUCGACAAUCUAUGAACUCAACCGUUGACCCGGCAGAUCACGAACCGGCAUUCAUUUGGAAAGACAUUUCUCCACCAGUUGAUUCCGAUCAGAUAGGGAUUACAGUGUACUUCAACUCGGAGCUUCUACCCGACGCAAAACCAUAUCCGGACUACAUGGACUCGCGAUCCGCAGGCGGCAUCUCACUCCCAGCAUACGCCAACUCAAUCCGCACCACCCCAAUGAAUUCAAGCAGCUACUCGCCCACCCAGUCUUUGCAAGAGGACCACGAGCGGCAGGCAUUCCUGGAGAACGCUGUCCGCGAAAAAAUGCUGGGGUCCGGCGGCGCAUUACCGCUGUACAACGAAGUCAGCGGCGCGGUGAUAGUGGACCAAGAAGGCCUUCCGCACUUCCUCUCACCGCAAGAAGAAGCGCAACGCAAAAAGUCCCUGAAGCGCGCGGUCGAGGAGAAAAUGAAGGGCCUGCCCCGGCGUACCGAGUUCAAUUGGGCGCAAGCGCCUCACGGCCCGACGUUGCCAGCAUACUCGCCUGGGAGACACGGAUAA